GUCUGGGCAUGUGGGUGUACCUACAUCAAAAGUGAUCAAAGCUAUAUAAUACAAAUUAUUCUCUCACUUAUAGGAUAAUCCACAGGUCAAACAUGCCUCCUAAGCGGAAGCAUUCCAGCAAUGGACCCGAGCAAAGGAGUGAGGCGCGCAACAAGCCUUACGCCUACUUGAAGCCCCAGGUCCGGCAGGUCUCCGAAAGGACCAUCAAAUCCAAGUGGUCCACACUUCCGGAGCCUGUUCAAGACAGGGUGCGCGACAUGUUUCGGGCCCUGGAGCGUCCGGUUAUCGUAAGACAGCAGAACGAGGGCAAACGUAUCGAAGCACAGGCUGCUGUUCAGGCUGUUGUGAAAAAUCUAGGAAAAAGGCUCCCGCGCAUGCCAUUUCCUCCAGUUACGAAAGACUCUGUCUUUGAGUACGAGGCAGCGCUCAAAGAACAUUGCUCCUUGGAGGCUACUUUAGCCACCGUGACUGAUAGUAUUGAUCUCUUAAAGGCUGAAGUCGAAAAGGAAGAAGCUAUGCUCGAAAGAGAGAAAAAGCAACUCCAGGAGAUGGAGAGGAAUGCGAAGCGAGCGGAAGCGGAGAGGAAGAGGCAAUCAAAGAACGAACAUCCUGUUCUGCGGCAGGUCGACAGCUUGCCUGAUGAGUAUAAUCAGAAGCAGACCGAGUUUACCCUUGCGGGAGGAAAAGAAACCCAGACGACGUUCGACGAGCUUGAAAAUGACCCAGAAGUCUCGAAUAUCUUGAAACAACUGACUGGACAUCUGAAGUCAAUGCAAAACAACACCGCACCCGUCGCUGGUUUGAAGGACGCAAUUGGCAGGUCACAUGCAGCAUUAAGUCUGACUUUCAUGCCCGAAGACUGAACUUACAGAAUUCUGCAUCAAUGGCAAGUUCAGAACGAGUGUGCUGUUACAGCGUGUACGACAUGUGGUGCGUAUAUCCAAAGAUGCAAGCCCAUGCCAGUCUUUAAGACAGCUUGGAAAACGGGUCCAUGCGCAGGACGGUAUUCGACAUCAUGCAAUGGACCAAGGUACCUGCGAGCCAGUUUUGACGCUACCUGGAAUGGCUACCGUCUCAACUGUGUACAAAACCCCUGGCGGGACACCAGUGCUAUACGGGGCUAAACGAAUUCCCGCGCCUUGGAGACCUAGUCCUCCUAUUCAGGACAAGCUAAGCCCUCAU